GAUUCACUUUGGUAUGAAUGGUUCUAUGCGCAUUAAUCCUGAUGGAAGCAAAGACAGAAAUGGAGCACCACCAGUUUUGGAGAUACAGCUUACAGAGGACACUAUUUGUUUUUUUGAGGUGACAGUAGAGCAUAGGUAAAUUGAGAGUGAGCAGAAAGUAAGAAUGAUGGAAAGCUUGGAUGUCUGUUCUCCAAAGUUUAGCUUCUUAAGAGCAGAAAGUGAGCUCAAGCAGCAGAAAACCCGCACGUUGUGUGAUGUGUUACUGGAUCAAACAGUAUUACCUGGAGUGGGAAAUAUCAUUAAAAAUGAAGCACUGUUUGACAGUGGUCUUCAUCCAGCUGUUAAGGUCUGCCAACUGACAGAUAAGCAUAUUCGUCACUUGGUGAAAAAGACACAUGAUUUUACCCUGCUUUUUUAUAAGUGCUGCAAGACUGGGUCUCCACUCUACAAACGUUACAAGGUAUACAAGCGACCAACCUGUGGUCAGUGCAAUGGGAAGAUCACUGUGUGUCGUUUAGGAGAGAAUAACAGGAUGACUUACUUCUGCUCUCGAUGUCAAAAGGAUCCCCAGAUUGUCGAUGUUAGCAAACUGCCAACUAGAAAUAGCCUAAUUGGCUGGGCAUACGGCAGGAGGUCAUGUUCUAAUGAACACGUAGCUCAGAAAUCUGAAGAGCAGUGGACUUGUAUGCGCUGUACCCUAAUAAACAACCCUUCUGCUGAAAUUUGUGAUGCCUGUUUGACUUCAAGGCCUGAAG